AUGGUAGCGCAUGAUAAUACAAUUGAUCACAACAUUGUUGUGAUUAAAAGGUUGAGGAUCCAUGCAGGUAGCCGGCAGUAUGGACUACUUCGCAAGGUCUCCGAAGAGAAGCCACCAAAUAUUGUCCGUCUUAUAGAUGUUUUUACAGAUAACCCAUCGAUACACUUGGCCUAUGAGUCCCUCGAAACAUCGUUGCAUCAGGUUCAAGCUACCUGCCACCAAGAUAUCACAGAAAUUGAGCUGGCAAUUAUAGCGAAAGAGGUACUCCAUGGGCUUCGGUAUAUCCAUAGCGAGCUGCAAGUUGCGUAUGGACAACUUUGUCCUAGAAAUGUUCUACUCUCGUACUACACAUGUGACGUUAAAUUGGCAAACAUUGCUGAAUCCAUCAUGAAGCCCCCAACACAAAAUUUCACGGACGAUCUGAAGACUGUUGGAACUCUCCUGGUACGACUUAAGGAACCUGGUACCUUUCGACGCAACCCAGAAAACCUGGCACUGGAGAAUGGGUGUGAUAUCAGUGAUUACUGUAAGAGUUUUAUUUCCCAAACUGCUACUCUCAGCUUAAAAGAUUUGAUUAAUCACGAAUUUCUACUUAAGUCCCCGGGUAUUGGUCGACUCAGGAUAUUUAUCUAUCGAGCGAUGGCUUGUGCAGCUAGGUUUUCUUCGACAUACAGUAAACUCUCGGAGUAG